AGGACAAGAAAAAUAUGAUAUUUCAAUUUGAACAAGUAUGGGACCAGGGAAAUCUAUAUGGUUUGAUAGCACAUAUAUAGUAGUACUUUUCUUCUUUUGUAGGUGAACCACAAUGAUUUGGUCCUGAGCAGUGCCUUAGGCCCUUCCCUAUUGGGCGUACGCGCACCCCAAUUGGUACAUCAUAUAUUUGGAAGAUUUAAACUAAAAACUCGUGCGUUGUUACUGCUGACUCUGCUCGACCGCCUUCUCAUCCUCUGCUGCCUUUUCACGAUUCCAGCUCAAUAAGCUCAUGUCUCCCGUCUUUCUGGGUUUCACUAAAUUCACCACCAAUAAGAAAAUACUUAACACAAAACACACGCCUCCGCUGGCCAUCCAGGCGAUCCCAACAAAUGGGUUUUUACCACCCAUAACCGAUCUUUGCGAAAUGUAGAUGUACUUACCUCCUUUGAACGGCAAUACCGGCCAAUGCAACCCCACCGAUACCUGGUACGUACCGGCCUUCAAAGUGUCAUCGUCGUUCCGGAGCACCAAUUUAUUGAAGGUUGGCAAGCCUGCUGGGUGCAUCCAGUUCUGGAACUCUUCCCAGGUACUGACAUCAGGGACGUUGGUCUCGUUGUACCCGUUGGGGAACCUCUUAUACCAGUUAGGAGGAGGCACGAUAUCUUUGUGAGAAUAUUUUGUUUUCUUGAACCGGUUCUUGUCCUUGGACCAGGCAAUUCCUUUGUUGGUCAAUUUGUAAUCAUCUGCCGUACCAUUAACAGCCAGCAAAGUAGACGAAAAUGUGUCAUUGAACAUGCUAUUGGCGAUCAACCCGCACGGGUAAAUGAUUUUGCCUUUAUGGGUGGACAUUGGUUGGCAGUUUUGACCCGAAGUUUCCUUCACCGUGUGCUUACUAGCAGCAUGGCCAAUGAUUUGUUCUUCACUGUACGACUUGACAAAUCUUCGGUGGUUGGCGUAGAAUUUCUCCAACCGAUAGAAGAAGUAGAUGGGGCCUUUCAAGUCCCGAGGCACAUUGAAUUGGAUCUCACACACGUUGGAUUCAUCUUCAAACUGCUGUGAUUCGUCUUUGCUCAACCGCCACUGGGGCUGUUUGUAGGAUUUAUCCUUUAAAUGAUAGUCCAAGUACUCAUCGGGAAUAGCCGACCAGUGGUCGGCGCUGGCCAACUUUUCACAGUGGGCGUAGUUGAUGGCCAAGUCCUGAACUCUAUCUGAGGCAUACCACAUGGCGGCUCCAAGCGGUACAAAAACAAUGGCCAAAAUCAACAAAAGAGGAAUCACAUUGCUGGCGGUGAAUACCGGGCUGUAGGCCUUCAAGCGCUGCUGGCGGAAGGCGCUGUUACCGGGUUUUCUGGACUUUUCUUUACGGGUAUCUUGAUGUUCCGAUACCGAUGAGGAGUCUGAAUCGGAGUGGUAGGCAUCGCCAUCGUCAUGGUUGUCCGGGUGCACACGGACCUGGGACGAUGAGGUGCGGGCCUGGUCGGCAUGGGCACCAUGGCCUUCGAACUGGUCGAGAGACCUGAAAAAAACAUUGAAAUAUGGAAGAUCAAGAAGUUGAUCAAGGCGUUGGAAUUGGCCCGUGGAAACGGAACCUCGAUGAUCUCGUUGAUCACCCCGCCAAAAGGACAAAUCUCGUUAAUCCAGAAAAUGUUAACUGAAGAGUAUGGUACUGCCUCCAAUAUCAAGUCACGUGUGAACCGGUUGUCAGUGUUGGGAGCUAUCACUUCUACCCAGCAGAAGUUGAAGUUGUACAACUCGGUUCCUAAAAAUGGGUUGGUGAUUUUCUGUGGUGAUGUCAUUACCGACGAGGGAAAGGAAAAGAAGUUAAAUAUUGAUUUCGAACCGUUCAAGCCCAUCAACACAUCGUUAUAUCUUUGUGACAACAAGUUCCAUGUGGAGGCGUUGAGUGAGUUGUUGGAGGACGAUGACCGGUUCGGGUUUAUUAUCAUGGAUGGUAAUGGAGCCUUGUUCGGGACCGUGACCGGAAACACCAGAGAAGUGUUGCACAAGUUCACGGUGGACUUGCCCAAGAAGCAUGGAAGAGGUGGUCAGUCAGCGAUGCGUUUCAGUCGUUUGAGAGAAGAAAAGAGACAUAAUUAUGUCAGAAAGGUUGCUGAAGUGGCUGUACAGAACUUUAUUUCUGCUGACAAGGUCAACGUGAAAGGGUUGAUUUUGGCAGGUUCAGCUGAUUUCAAAACCGAAUUGUCCAAGUCCGACUUGUUUGACGGAAGAUUGCAGGCUAAGGUGAUCAAUAUCGUGGAUAUUUCUUACGGAGGAGAAAAUGGGUUCAAUCAGGCCAUCGAAUUAUCAGCAGAGACUUUGGCCAACGUGAAGUUUGUGCAAGAAAAGAAGUUGUUGAACGACUACUUUGAUGAGAUUUCCCAGGACACUGGAAAAUACUGUUACGGUAUUGAAGAUACUUUGAAGGCUUUGGACUUGGGUGCUUGUGAGGUUCUCAUUGUGUACGAGAACUUGAACAUCAUCCGGUAUACCCUCAAGAACGCCGAUGGAGAAGAGACGGUGGUGCAUGUCAACCCAGAGUUGCCGGGUAAGGCGUAUAUGUUGGAUAAGAACACCGGAGCCGAGUUGGAAGUUGUAAAGGAAGAAACGUUCUUGGAAUGGUUGGCCGAAAACUAUAAGAAUUACGGUGCCAACUUGGAGUUUGUCACCGAUAGGUCAUCUGAAGGAGCUCAGUUCGUGCAAGGGUUUGGUGGGGUUGGAGCCAUGUUGAGAUAUAAGGUGAACUUUGAGCAGUUGGCUGACGAAUCUGAUGAAGACGAAUAUUAUGACGAUGACAGUGACGAUUUCAUUUAGAUGCCUAAUGGGAUAGUGCAUUGACCCAAGUAUGGGUGAAUAGCACUCAUUCGCCUAAGGUGUUUUCUAUAUACCACCCAUUUAGUAGAUUGUACUUUAUAUACAACUCAUUUUGAAGGUGUCC